AUGGCGGUCGAGGGCCGACCUCCAACACCCAAGUCGAUCCUCCGAGGUCACAAGGCGCAGGUACAUGCCGCCACCUUUAUUCGCAACAAUGAGCGCCUCGUCACUGGUGAUGCCGAUGGUUUCGUCAUCGCCUGGGACCUGACCAUCAUGAGGCCUCGCGCGGUAUGGCAGGCUCAUGAUAACGCCAUCCUAGGAAUUGCUGGAUGGGGUGACGACCGCAUCAUAACCCAUGGUAGGGACAACAAGCUCAUUGUCUGGAAGCUCACCGGCGAUGAUGAGGCCCGUAUGAGUACGACUCUUCCACUCGACCCAUGCACAGAACCGCGUCCAAAGCCAUGGAUCUUGCAUCUCCUGGAAGUCAACACCAUGAACUUCUGCUCUUUCUCAUAUUGUCCUGUCUCGGCUCCUGUACUACCAGGUCAGCAGGAAGACCAAAGUCAAGACACAGCAGAAGAGUCAAAGUCGGAGUCUGAGCUACUCAUCGCAGUUCCCAACACGCUGGCGUCCGAAGCGAUUGACAUCUUUCAUCUCCCUUCCCAGACGCGCCGCCAUACUGUUAAGUUGGGCGAUAAGAACGGCAUGGUCAUGGCCGUGGCACUGUUCAACCAGGCAGACUCUUUAACCUUGGUAGCUGGGUAUGAAAAUGGCCUCGCUAUAGUAGCUCAUCGGGACCCCGUCAAGAACGACUGGGUACCUCUCUACCAAGCAACCUGUCAUUCUCAACCUAUCCUGUCGUUGUCUGUUUCUCCUGCCCGGGAUUUCUUCCUCACGUCAAGCGCAGAUGCAGUCAUUGCUAAGCACCCCUUGCCUCCUGUGGUCUCACAGAAUACAACACCGACACACGUCACAACGACUCAGGCCGAUCAAGUGUCUGGGAGUGAGGAGAGCAACAGAUCUGUCAACGCAGCGGACAAAGCUGCUGGAAAGUCUCUGCUUGGUGCGGCCUUGGCUAAAGCAAAGCAGAAUCCUUCAUCGCAACCAAAACCAACACUCCAGCCCGAAGAAGUACUAACUCAUCCGCUGAAGACCGUCAACACAAAACAUGCAGGACAGCAAAGCAUCGAAAUCCGCUCUGAUGGCCUGAUCUUUGCCACUGCUGGCUGGGAUAGCAAGAUCCGCGUUUAUUCCACAAAGACGCUCAAAGAGGUUGCCGUCUUGAAAUGGCACCAAGUUGGAUGCUACGCUGUCGCUUUCGCCCAUAUUGCACCAAACACUGGUGCUCCUUCAAUUAACGGCCAGAAUCCAACGGCAACCGAAAGGACCACUGGUACCCAACCGACUAGGUCUGAUUCCUUGGGCCAUGGAACACAAAAACCACACAUGGACAAUAGCCUCAUCACCGUCGUUCCGAAGCUUGUCGAAGUGACAGUCAGGGAUAAGCGUCUCAGACAGGCAAAGGCGGCACAUUGGCUGGCUGCUGGAAGCAAGGACGGAAAGGUCAGUCUCUGGGAUGUCUUCUAGACGUUCGAUGCGGCUGCGGCAACGUGGAUUUAAGUAUCUUGGGAGCACCUGAGAAGCAAAGAUUGCAUCUUCACUCCUGUCAUCCCAGUCGUGGAGCAAAGACGGGAAGCAGCAUCAAUCGAGGUCAACAUAAAUGACCCCAUUUCACUCUGUG